AUGUACCCGGUGCUGAGGAGUCUCGCUCUUCAGCUGCACGCUGCCGUCACGGGCGGCUACGUCUCGGGGACUCACUCCAUUGCCUUCAUCAACUGUCUCAACGAGCAGAUUGCCAAGGAUAUUGCAAGGGCCAUCAUGGACAAGAAGCUGGCUGCCUACGUGACCAUCCUGCCAAAGAGCUCGGCCUUGUAUUUCUGGAAAGGGGAACUGGAAGAAUCCACUGAAAUACUGCUGUUAGUGAAAACAAGGACAUCCAAAAUAGGCGAACUGUCCAACUACGUCAGAUCCAUCCAUCCCUUUGAAAUUCCUGAAAUCAUCAGCCUGCCGAUCGACCAAGGAAACCCUCUCUACCUCAAAUGGGUAGAGGAAAACGUCCCACGGGACUAA